UGCGUUUGUUUUCUCUCUUCACUUCUCAGGUAUGUUCCAUGGUCACGCGAAUGUCAUGACGCUGUCACGUCUAUCGCAAGUCAAUUUGAUUGAACUGGAGGCUAAUUGAUUCUUUCUACAGGACUACAUCUCGGAUCACCUCUGGAAAGCUUCCGGAAGCCUCUGAUUCACAUAUCACCACACCGCACCUUUUUACCAAUCUUCACAUCUAAACAAUCUACGUUAAAAACAUGUUCGCCCACAUCUUCAAGGCGAUGCCCGCCAGGGCUACCGCUUUCCCUGCCAUGAACGCUGCCAAGCAAUCCCGCUUCAUGGCCACUGUGCGCCGCUCCACCCCGGAACGCGCUACUUUCACGAUCCGAGAUGGUCCUAUUUUCCACGGAAAGUCCUUCGGAGCUCGCUCCAACAUCUCUGGUGAAGCCGUCUUCACUACCUCUCUGGUCGGAUACCCCGAGUCCUUGACCGACCCCUCUUACCGGGGUCAGAUCUUGGUCUUCACCCAGCCCCUCAUUGGCAACUACGGUGUGCCCUCCAACGAGAAGGACAAGCACGGCCUUCUCAAGUACUUCGAGUCCCCCAACCUCCAGGCAGCUGGUGUCGUUGUGGCCGACGUGGCUGAACAGUACAGCCACUGGACCGCCGUCGAGUCUCUUGGCGAGUGGUGCUCUCGUGAGGGUGUGCCCGCCAUCUCCGGAGUUGACACCCGUGCCAUUGUCACCUACCUGCGUGAGCAGGGUUCGUCUUUGGCCCGUAUCACUGUUGGUGAGGAGUAUGACGCCGAUCAGGAUGAGGCCUUCACCGACCCUGAGCAGAUCCACCUUGUCCGUCAGGUCAGCACCAAGCAGCCCUUCCACGUGAGCGCUGCCGACCCUCAGUGCCACGUUGCCGUCUUGGACUGCGGUGUCAAGGAGAACAUCCUGCGUAGUCUGGUCAGCCGUGGUGCCAGUGUCACCGUGUUCCCCUUCGACUACCCCAUCCACAAGGUCGCUCACCACUUUGACGGUGUCUUCAUCUCCAACGGCCCCGGUGACCCGACUCACUGCCAGGACACCACCUACCACCUCAACCGUCUGAUGGAGUCUUCUCAGAUCCCUAUCUUCGGUAUCUGCUUGGGUCACCAGCUUUUGGCCCUUGCUGCUGGUGCCCGUACCGUCAAGCUCAAGUACGGAAACCGUGCCCACAACAUUCCUGCUCUGGACACCACCACUGGCCGCUGCCACAUCACCAGUCAGAACCACGGAUAUGCUGUUGAUGUCUCGACUCUGCCCUCCGACUGGAAGCCUUACUUCGUCAACCUGAACGACCAGAGCAACGAGGGUAUGAUCCACAAGUCUCGCCCCAUCUUCAGCACCCAGUUCCACCCUGAGGCUAAGGGAGGCCCGCUUGACUCCUCUUACCUCUUCGACAUCUACCUUGACAGCGUCCGCAAGUACAAGGCCAACCAGCACGCCUUCCACCCCCAGCGUGACAGCCGCCCCAGCCCUCUCCUGGUCGACCUUUUGGCUAAGGAGCGUGUUGGUGUGCAGCCCACCAUUGGCAUGCAGAACGUUGCUGCUGCUGCCGCCGCCGCCGCAGCUGGCAACGCAUAAACCUAGAAAUUGGUUUUCUUCUGUAUGUAAUGGCGUUUGGGUUAAGGUUUUUGGUUUGGAUAUCACAAUAAGUUGUCUAUAAGUAUCUUGUCUAUAUUUUGUCAAAAGAAUAUACGUUUUCUCAAAGAAACCUUCUCGCGUAGUCAUAAAU